CCCAACCCGUUGCCGUUCUAGGGACUAUCAUAGCAGAAGGAAUAGAGCCCAAAGGUUCGAAGAAGUGGGACCCGCCCAGACUGUUGACAUUUCGUGCACCGGGUUACAAUCCAGGCUUCAGAAUCCUUGUGUCUCCAAGCUUGGCCUACAAUAAAAAGAAAGGAAACCGUUCCAACGCCUAAAUUUGAGAAAGUAACGGAGAUUAUUCCCACCAUAACGAAGCAUUACAAGCAAGCAGGCUACACCUAAUCCAAUUCAAUAUGUUGCAGCACCAGCACCAGCACCAGCACCAGCACCAGCCUCCGCCCCAGCGACCUCGACGACGGUGCGAGGGCACUGCCAUGGGCGCAAUAGUUCUCGAUCUCCGCCCUGGUCUUGGUAUCGGUCCCUUCUCUCUCGGGAUGCCUAUAUGCGAAGCGUUUGCCCAAAUCGAGCAGCAGCCUAACAUUUACGACGUCGUUCACGUGAAGUAUUAUGAUGAGGAGCCUCUUAAACUUGACAUUGUGAUUAGCUUUCCUGAUCAUGGUUUUCAUCUUCGGUUUGAUCCUUGGUCCCAGAGACUACGCUUGAUUGAAAUUUUUGAUGUUAAACGCCUGCAAAUGCGCUAUGCCACUUCCCUUAUUGGGGGACCAUCCACUCUAGCUACUUUUGUAGCCGUAUAUGCACUCUUUGGGCCAACCUUUCCUGGAAUUUAUGACAAAGAUAGAGGAGUGUACACUCUGUUCUACCCGGGCCUAUCCUUUGCAUUUCCAAUUCCUAGCCAAUAUACAGAUUGCUGCCACGAUGGAGAAGCGGAACUGCCACUGGAGUUUCCAGAUGGCACUACACCAGUAACAUGUCGUGUGUCUAUAUAUGAUAGCUCUACAGAUAAAAAAGUUGGUGUCGGAUCAUUAAUGGACAAGGCUUCUGCUCCUCCACUACCUUCGGGCAGCCUUUACAUGGAAGAGGUGCAUGUUAAGCUUGGUGAAGAGUUAUAUUUUUCCACAGGGGGGCAGCAUAUUCCUUUUGGUGCAUCACCACAGGAUGUUUGGACUGAAUUAGGUCGUCCUUGUGGAAUUCAUCAAAAGCAGGUAGACCAAAUGGUCAUUCACUCUGCUUCAGACCCUCGGCCACGCACAACCCUUUGUGGAGAUUACUUCUAUAACUAUUUCACUCGUGGUUUGGACAUCUUAUUUGAUGGACAGACUCAUAAGAUCAAGAAGUUUGUUUUGCACACAAACUACCCUGGUCAUGCAGAUUUUAACUCAUAUAUAAAGUGCAACUUUGUUAUUCAAGUAAAUAAUUCAAAACAUAUUACGCCAAGCACGAAGUGGGACCAAGUUAAGGAAAUCCUUGGAGACUGUGGCCGAGCAGCUAUCCAAACACAGGGUUCUACAAGUAAUCCUUUUGGAUCCACAUUUGUUUAUGGUUACCAGAACAUUGCCUUUGAGGUGAUGAAAAAUGGUUAUAUUGCAACUGUAACUCUCUUCCAGUCUUGAUUAUUUUCCUUUCUGUGAUGCUGUCGCUUGUAGCGGGUGGAUAUUGUUCAGUUAAUUCAGUGGAAAGCAGCGCAAGUUGCCACAUCAUCUUCACGUGGGGAUUGGGGGAGCAGUGUUGGAAUUGUGAAUAUUACUGUAUAUUGUUCAUUUGUACAUAUGAUUAAGUACCUAUCUUAUGUAAUUCUUAAUAAAUUAUGCAAGCCUGUACUUCUCAACUCUAAUUGCAUCAACACGGAUGUCUAUUUGGUGCUGAAA